GACAUCGAAAAGCCUUGCGAAUUUUGACCUUCGUUUCUGUAGCACUAACAAUACUCAUUUCUCCUCUUACUGCUCCGAUCGAACACUCUAUGUAUAUAUGGCUUCGCUGGUGCCGAAUAACUGUUGGAGUUGCUUAGUCUAAGCCAAUUAGUUGACAUCUUGGUUCAUUUAUUAACAAGUGAAUACUUAAAGUUUUUGCUAUGAAUUCUCCCUUUUCACCUUCCUCUCUCCACCUAAAUCCAUCAUCCAUCAGUCAGUUCCCACCUUACCAUCAAAUACAACCCCGAAAUAGUUUCACCAUCCUCCACCGUCGAAAUCACCACCUUCAUUGCCCCCUUUCUCUAACUUCUCCUUCCAUCUCCCACAAUUUGCUCCGCAUUCGAAGAUCAUCCAUUGUCGAAACAGGUCCUUCAGAUGAGGGGGCUAUACCAUUGAUCGACUUCGAAGAAGAUUUUGUCGAAAAAGAUUGGUCUUUCCUUGAUUCGGGUGAUCUCACUUCAAAUCAAGAUUACAUCCAAAAGGUUGGUCGGAUUAUAGCCGCUGGACAGAUCGAAGAAAGCUCGAGAGUUAUGGUUUCUGCUACUUCUGAAGUAUUUAUAGAUGAGUUGGUCUAUUCUUCGCCCUGCAAUCUUUUGCUUGUUGUUCAUGAUUCACUUUUCGUAUUAGCUGGGAUUAAAGAGAAACAUGACAAGGUUAAGUGUUGGCAAGGAGAACUGAUUUAUGUACCUGAAAAGUGGGGCCUUUUAGAUGUUGCCUUCCUCUACUUCCUUCCUGCUUUGCCCUUUACCCUUGACCACGUCUUUGGAGCUCUUGCAAAAUGCUGUUUGCCAGGUGCAAGGCUGGUUAUUUGCCAUCCCCAGGGAAGAGAAGUGCUAGAACAACAGAGAAAACAAUACCCGGAUGUUAUAAUUUCCAACUUGCCAGAGAAAGUUACUUUAGAGAAAGUUGCAGCAGAUCAUCCCUUUGACCUGGUUGAAUUUGUGGAUGACCCUGAAUUUUAUCUUGCUGUUUUGAAGUUCAGGGAUGCAAGAGAUUGAUUUUUGGUUUACUCAUACUCGAGUUUUACUUGGUGUAUCAAUGUAAGAGUUCUAUGCAAUGAUAUAAGAGAAACUUUUGUAUUACUCA